GGGGGAGGGGGCGCGAGGGUCACAUUGCAACCAGAGCGGUCACUUUACAACCAGAGCGGUCACUUACAUCCCAGCGCGGGUUCCUUCACGGCCGGUCAAUGCUGGCCAACCUCAUGGACAUCGAGGAGGCGAUGCUCCACAAUUCUCUGGUCUACGAGUCCUCGGCGGCGGUGUUUUUCGAUUUCGAGGCCGCGUUCCCGAGCGUCAGCCAGGAAUUCUUGAUGGAGGUGAUUUCCGCGCGUGGCUGGCCUACGUGGUGCACUUGUUUGGUCCGCGCACUCUAUUGGAACAACCGCUGCAAUAUCGUCGCUGGCGGGGCGAAGUUCGAUGGAUUUACUCUCACAGCAGGGGUGCGCCAAGGCUGCCCAUUAUCCCCCCUGCUGUUCGCGGUGCUAUCAGAUGUUCUUUUUCGGAGACUCGCCCGUCACGUUCCUGAUGUUUUACCGCGCGCCUAUGCCGACGACCUGGCGGUCGUGCUCUCGCCCGGGAGGAGAGACGCCCCGAUCUUGGAGCACAUGUUCGAGGAGUACGCCCUGCUCUCUGGACUCCGGCUUCACCACGGCAAGUCGGUAUGGGUGCCACUGUCGUUGGGCGACUUAGACCAGGUGCGGAUUCAGCUCCACGCGGCGGCCCCCACCUGGAGCGACUUUACAAUCCGUCGUUAUGCCACCUACCUGGGUUUUGCUGUGGGGCCAGAGCGCGCGGAGCAUUCUUGGACAAAGCCCUUGGACAAAUUCGUUACGCGAGCCCGGAUCUGGAGAGACAUUGGAUGUGGCUUGUUGUUGACGCUUCUGGCUUACCGCACAUACAUAUUCCCGGUUCUCGGCUUCGUGCUUCAACUUGACCGGCCCCCCGCUGAUUGGGAUGACUAUGAGCAAAAGGCGUGCACUAUUCUCUUCCCGGGUCCGCGGGGGUGGGCGCCUCCCGCGGCCCUCCGGAGCUUGCACACCCUCGGCUUCCAGUCCGCGCUCAUUGACGCCCGCGCGACUGCGGCGGCGGCGAAGUGCCGGGUCUACCACUGGGAGAACGUGGCGCACGGCGGCCUCCAAGUCCGCCGACGAACCCGGGCAUUGGAGCACGUGCGAGGGAGCUCCGACUACGUGAUGCGGCAGGCACGAUGGCACCACUGGUACCAGCACAAUUUCUUCACCAACCUUGACCAGGCCCACGGGCUGCUUCAGCAGAAGGCGACGAGCGCAGGGCUGACGACGGCUGAGCUGAUGCAGGGUGCUGCUGCGGAGCCCCCUCCGCGGAAGCAAUGGCAGAAGCGUUGCCGAGUUCUCUUGGAAGACCCGUCCCCGACUGGGGCGGUCCGCCACCUAAGCCGCUGCCUGACUCGCCUGUCCAUUCCGCUCUUACCGGGUCGCCGCCUGGAGCGGGCCACCUGUGCCCUCCGCGGAUUGGCGCGCCUGGUACCUCCUCGAGUCUGGGCGUCCAGUUUUCGCGCGCUCUGCAACGGCUUGGACACCAGCCACCGCAUGCAACGACGCUUGAAUUGCGUUUUUGGUUGCGGUGCUGCCGAGGACAGCCUGCGACACUAUGCUUUCUGCCCGCGGGUCGCGGAUUUUAGCCGGAGGCGGUUGGGCCUCCUUCCUCCUCCUCCUCCUGAUCGCUUGUCUAGCUUUAUUAUUUUAACCCCUCCGUUCCGCGAUGACACGGCCAGUGAACUUGCUCGCCGCGCCCUGGCCGCGUACGCAGUGUACGCUGCUGGAAACGCCGCCCGCCACGGUCAGACUGCCGAUGCGCAGGAAACCUUGGUGCAGUAUGCGCGCGAGGCUUGCGCGUCACACGCCGGCCUGGCGAACAUUGUGGUUCCCCUCUCCUCCCCUCUGCCGGUUUGUCUCGUCGUCGUCGUCCUCCCCCUCCUCCCUCUCCUCCCCUCGGCGCCCGGUGCCCGGGCUUCCCAGGGCUCCCAAGUGGUCCCCUUGGGGCCCCUACCGGGUUCCAAGUGGUACCUUGGGCGGCUCGAAAUCCAGCCCGGAUUUAACACCGUCCUUCUCCUUGUUGGGGAGGUUGUUGUGUUAAUUGCGUGUUGGUUUUCGGUCUCUCUGGGUACCUCUUAGUGCCCGUUUGGGGCCCUCCCCGGGGCCUCUUGGGCCGGCCAGUGAGGUCGUUGGGCGCUCUUCUCGAAUCCAGGCUUGCAUUCAGUAGCUUCGAUCGUGCCACGUGGACCUGGCAAUGGCUCGCCGGCGGCCGCCGCCUCGCGAUUUCCACACUGGACGUGUGGGCAUACGUUUUGUCAAUUUGUCCUCCUCGCUUCCUCGGCCUCGUCCUUCCUCCCUCCUCCCUCCCUCCUCCCUCCCCUGGGCAUCGUGGUGUCACUAUGUCGGUGCCGGAUGUGCCAGCCGUUCGGACGACGAGUCCACGCUGGGCACUCUCAGUGUCGUUUUAUGCGCGCGGGCCAGUGUUCCCCUCCUCUCCUCCUCGUCCUCCCGUUCUUCCUCCUGCUUCCUCCUCCUGGUGCAGGGGGGGAAUUCGUUACUUUUCUUUGAACUCGGCUUGAGGUGUGUGGCGGCGUCCGCGUUUUGAAACCUGCUCUUGUGGCUUGCGGCCCGCCCCAGCAGAAUGUCGGACUUUAAGUUUUCGUGUUAGUGCACGGUGCUCAGGGUCAGAUAUAUAACAUCCGGCAGCUCAGGGUUGUGCUCGAUAGGAGUUGGAUUCUUGACCGAAGUGUUUUAGGAAUUCCAGUGGUGCAUCUCUGUCGCCUCCCGGGGGGGGGGGGAUAUGACCGGAGCCCAUUUGGGGUGACGUUAACCCGGCCGGCGUUUUUUUGAUUUGGCUUAUUUCGAGUUCGAGCCUUCAUCCAAUGGGUGCGGUGGAA